AUGCAAGGAAUAAGACCAGAUUUGACGAUAAGUCGUUCUCUGUGGCUUCAAUUUGUCAUCUCAUUUUGGGGGUACAUUAGAGCGGCUGGUUGGAUUGCAAAUGGUCCAAUGCAUAAUUUAGUUCAGGAUUUACAGAUAAUAAAGAGUUUUGGUGCAGAGUGUCGAUUGGGAAGAGCUCCAAGAGUUAUUGAGGUUGUUUGGCAUCCUCCAGUCAUUGGGUGGGUGAAGAUUAAUUCAGAUGGUGCUUGGAAGCAUGCAGAGGGUGUUGGAGGUUUUGGUGCUAUUUUUCGUGACUUUAAAUGUCAUGUUCUUGGUGCUUUUUCUUCCAACAUUGACAUUCCUAGUUCAGUAGCAGCAGAGGUGAUAGCAGUUAUAGUUGCUAUUGAGCUUGCUUGGGUACGAGACUGGAAGCACAUUUGGUUAGAGGUUGACUCGUCGCUUGUGUUAGACUAUCUACGGUCACCUUUGCUUGUACCUUGGCAUCUACGUGUCCGUUGGCUGAAUUGUUUACGUUGCAUAUCGAAGAUGAUCUUUCGAUCUUCCCAUAUUUUUCGUGAAGGGAAUAAGGUUGCAGAUGCUCUGGCUAAUCACGGGACUAGGGAUAUAUAA